AAAAAAGAAUAUACACUUGGAGUUAUUAAUAUGAAAGAUUACAUUUCGUUAUUACUUAAAAUGUAAGCACGAGAAGCUUUGAGGGACAAUUUUCCGAGCUUUUAUGAUCGGCACGGAAAGGCAACACAAGUGAGAAUAGUCGGCAUGAAAUUAUUUUGACUUUUUGUUUCCCUAACUUGGACUUUCAGGCAACUCCUCCACUUACUUGAGCAACACCUUUAAAUGAAACAACUGGUUAUGCUUAGAUUUAGGUUAUAUAUGCUUCGUAGUAGGUUUACGGCCACGUCUAGACGUACGUCUGCAAAUUCCAGCGAAGGAGGAAAGAUUUGUUUGUCAGCCUGCGAGAAAAUGCUGCCUGAGAAGCUUAACUCAGGGCAAAAUAUCUCCCUGUGCCAGGAAGCGGAUGUUGUUGACGUUUACAUCGCAACGGCAUCAGUCGGUUUUGAAGGCCGGCUAGCCUGGCAAAACAACAGUAUACGGCGAAAUUAUCCACUUUAUAACCCGAAGGACAGAAAAGAUAGCCCACUCAGGUCCGCUGCUCAACAAUGGACGCGUGUUUAGUCGAUUUGUCAUGUAUUCUCGGUCUGUCCGUAGUCACCAGCUCGGCUAGUUAGCACAGCUGGCUAACUGGCUAAUUAAACCCUGACAAGUGUUUGGCAGCUUGUCAACUGUUAGCUGACGAAAGAGAACUCAAGAGGAGGGAAUAAUUAACUUAUAUCUAAAAAGGUUUACAGUUGACAGCUGGUAUGAACAGGAGCUUCCAAGGGCUGUUUGACUUCUGGUUGAAUUGACUGUAGAUGCUGUGGAGUAAGUAAACGAUUUGAGCAAUGGGGUUAUAAACACACAAAUAAGACAAGGACUGUUAACCCGGCGUUGCUUGCUUUUGUUUACAAUGAGUCUUAAAUAUGCCAAUGUGUCUUGAUAAGUGAAAAGGCCGGACAUUUCUAUGAUCGUUGUUGCGUGAAGACUACAUCUAGAAAAUAACAUUAUUGUAAUUUUCAUACGUAGAUCGCAGGAGUCAUUUGACUUAACAGGUUUAGGACAGAGUUACCUGUAACGUUAGUCUUUUGCAUGUCGACGUGUCUCAUGUGUGUACAGUCGGUCCGGGUGACAGCUUGGAAAAGUAAACAGGUGUGAUACACUAACCUGCUCACAGGACUUGGAGCAACUUUGCACUUCAACUAAUGCCUGCCAAAUCUCUAUCAGUUACACCUAGAGACCUGGUUACUUGAAAUAGCAACAUUCCUACAAACUAUUUGAUUGCAGUUUUGGCUGUUUUUGGUGUUUGCUGAGAAACACACUUACAGAAUGUAAGUCGCUAAGAUUGAGCAACAAACUAGGAUGAUUUCAUGAUGAUUAGGUGGUACAUCAUAGUCAAAGCCAAAAAGUGCUUUUAACAUGAUCUCAGAGGUAUAACGUUACUGGGAUGGUUUAGGUUUAUGAUUCGUAGGUGUUUUUGUUAGUUUGAGCUGUUUGGUUAGGACAGUGAUGACUACAUAUUUACUCAGUGACUGUCUGAGAGCCAAACUGUAGUUGUACGUACAUUGCUACGAUUUUGCCCAGCUACCACAAUGCCAGUUGUACUGUUCUUGAUGCUGCUUGGAGCAUUAUCUAGCCACGGACAGGCCAUGUCACGGGAGGAGAAGCACAGGUUGAGGAACCAAGUGGUUGAGAUGUUUGACCAUGCAUAUCAGAAUUAUAUGGACCAUGCAUACCCAGCAGAUGAGCUGAUGCCACUAACAUGCAGAGGAAGAGUACGUGGGCUUGAACCAAGUCGAGGUGACAUAGACGACGCUCUGGGAAAGUUUUCUCUGACCCUCAUAGACACUCUGGAUACUCUGGUGCUUUUGAACAAGACGACAGAGUUUGAGGCUGCAGUGAGGAGAGUGCUUACAGAUGUGAGGCUGGACAACGACAUUGUGGUGUCGGUCUUUGAAACCAACAUUCGCGUCCUUGGAGGUCUGUUAGGAGGGCACUCCAUGGCUGUGAUGCUGAAGGAGGGAGGUCAACACAUGCAGUGGUACCAGGAUGAGCUCCUGCAUAUGGCCAAAGACCUAGGUCUCCGACUGCUGCCAGCCUUCAACACCAGCAGUGGCUUGCCUUAUCCCAGGGUGAACCUGAAAUAUGGUGUCAGGGGUCCUGAGACGAGAACAGGCACAGAAACGGACACCUGUACUGCGUGUGCCGGGACCAUCAUCCUGGAGUUUGCUGCCUUAAGUCGCUUCACUGGGGAUCCUGUGUUUGAGGCCCAUGCCCGGAGAGCCCUGGACUUUCUGUGGGAGAAGAGACAGAGAAACAGCAAUCUGGUGGGGACCACCAUCAACAUCCACUCUGGAGAGUGGGUCCGUAGGGACAGUGGAGUAGGAGCGGGAAUUGACUCAUACUAUGAAUACCUGCUAAAGGCCUACAUCCUCUUGGGUGAUGACCUGUUUCUGCAGCGGUUCAAUAUUCACUAUGCAUCUAUAAUGAAAUACAUUAGCCAGCCUCCGCUGCUGCUGGAUGUCCACAUCCACAAACCUCUGCUUCCCGCUCGCACCUGGAUGGACUCUCUGCUGGCCUUCUUCCCUGGACUGCAGGUGUUGAAGGGAGAUAUCCGUCCUGCCAUCGAGACUCAUGAGAUGUUGUAUCAAGUUACAAAGAAACACAACUUCCUCCCAGAGGCUUUCACUACUGAUUUCAGGGUACACUGGGCACAACAUCCCCUGAGGCCUGAGUUUGCAGAGAGCACCUAUUUCCUUUACAAGGCCACAGGAGACCCUUAUUACCUGGAGGCAGGUCGCACCAUCCUGGACAACCUCAACCGCUUUGCUCGUGUCCCCUGCGGCUUCGCUGCAAUGAAGGACGUACGCACUGGGAGCCACGAGGACAGAAUGGACUCGUUCUUCCUCGCUGAGAUGUUCAAAUACCUCUUCCUGCUGUUUGCUGAUGCGGAGGACUUACCGUUUGACGUGGAGGACUACGUCUUCACAACCGAGGCACACCUGCUGCCCCUGUCCCUCUCUACAGCCCCUCACUCUUCAUCUAUUCCCUCAAACAGAACGUCAGAGGAGGAGCUAGACGACUCUAACUUUGACUGGACCUGCCCUAACACUCGCCUCCUGUUUCCUGACCCCGCCUUCCCUCGUAACCUGAGAGAACCAAUCCGUAGUGCUGUGGACAAGAGCUGCCCUCGGCCUGCUGCUUACCGGGAGCCCGGUAUGGGCCGUCCUCCUCUGAGGGCUCAGGACUUCAUGGCAAACAACCCUGAACAUCUGGAGCUGCUGAGGAGGAUGGGAGUCAGUCUCAUCCACCUGAAAGAUGGCAGGGUGCAGCUGGUCCAGCAUGCUACACAGGCGGUGAGUGCGGUAGCAGCAGAGGAUGGCGUGCGUUUCAUGCAGGAGAUGAUGGAGCUGUCCAGCCAGCAGCAGAAAGAGCAGCUGCCUCCCAGAGCCAUUCAGAUCGUCUCACAUCCAUUCUUUGGCAGGGUUGUGCUGACUGCUGGCCCAGCACAGUUUGGCAUAGACCUGUCCAAAAGUUCCACAGGGGUACGAGGCUUUGUGACUGUGGCUGAACCCUACAGUGGCUGUACUGAGAUCACCAAUGCUGAGUACGUCCAGGGUCACAUCGCUCUGCUUCAGAGGGGCCAGUGUAUGUUUGCAGAGAAGGCCCGACAUAUCCAGAAGGCUGGCGCCAUUGGAGGGAUAGUCAUCGACGACAACGAGGGCAGCAGCAGUGACACAGCUCCCCUGUUUCAGAUGGCAGGGGACGGCCGCAGCACAGAUGACAUCACCUUGCCUCUCCUCUUCCUCUUCCAUAAGGAGGGCAACAUCCUGUUGGAGGCACUGAAGGAGUACAGGGAGGUGGAGGUGCUGUUGAGCGACAAAGCCAGAGACAGAGCAGCCAUAUUCAAAGGUAAACCUCUUCCUGGCAGCCUGAUUGAGGGCAGUGUGGACGUGCAAGAAGCGGAAGAAGACUGCUUAACUGAGGCAACAACUCCCACUUCAUUUGAACCUAUUGGCCAAUCGCAAAUGAGUGCGGUGGAGCUAGACGAAUUGGCUCCCGAGGAGGUGACUCCAUCACAGGAGGAAGUCAGGCCUGUAGAUGAAGACACUAGUCCUGCAGAGGAGGUCAGACCACCGGAAGAGGAAGCUAGUCCUACAGAGGCAGAGCCUGAUUUGGCACAGCCCAAAGAGGAGAGAGACUCUGAGAAGAGAGAGGAGCCCGAGGGCGACACAGACUCAAGCAGCCAGUCAGUGGAUGAACUGCUGGCUGAUUGGCGGGAAGACUUGGAGGCGUUCCAGCAGAUGGAGAAGGAUGAGCUCUGACAGUCGUGGGCCAUGUCGUGCCCUGUGACUGCGGUUUGAUCCCACUAUGGGGAGAAACCUGAAGGGAACACAUCUUCACACGUCACCAGCCUCAAUCUGUUGAAGUCAGAGGAAGCUGGGGAGAUGUCUUUGAUUUCUUCUCUUGCUCUCUGUGGAUGGUAUCACGUGCCAAGGCAAGCCCACACAGUCUAUCUCUGGACCAUAAGGGAGUCCUUUUUAGCCUGGUAGAUAAUGGAUGAGAGACCACGGUUCUUACCUCACUUUCUCAUACGGUUUCUGUUAAUCUGUCAUAACAAACCCUAAUGAAUGACAUGGACCAGACUGUAUGUAUCAGCGUCUCAAUGUCCACUCCAAAUCACUUCUCACACUGUUGUUCUCUCUAUGCAUUUCUAACUCCUUUUGCUCAAAUCAACUCUUGUCCAACAACUACAUUCUAAUUAAAUCCAUCGACCAAUAAAUUUUAUUUAAAUGUGAUGAUUAUUUGUGAUGAUACAUUUACUGUUGUCAUGGUCUUGAGCCAUCAUAUGAACACACUGAUGUGACUUAUGGACUUAAUCCAUGUGGGGAUCAGUGACAUUGAAUAAGCUGCAGGAUCUUUUUAUGGUUUUAUGGUAGACAAACUCAACACCAUGCUUUAUCUCUCUGGAGGAUAUAUGAAGUCAUCUCUCAAUGUAAAUAUGUAUUUGUCGAGAUAUUUUGACUGAAACAAUAUAGCGCUGCUUUGCUCAGGUUCUGGUUCACCCCACAAACAACAACCUCUGGACCACAUCAGGUGGAGCAGACACACCCUCAGCAGCAUGGUGGGAUGGAUUACACACCACAGGGGGGCGCUAUGUGACCUGUCUGUCAUGCUGUAGCUGCUGACUAAUUUGGAAGGAGCAGAAAUAAGCCAAUGAGUUAACAUGAUGAAAUUAAAUAAAAACAGAGGGAUAUCGGGAA